CUUUGAAAUUUUUUUUUGCAAAAGUAAGGUUAAGUCAAACUUAACCUCAAAAAUAAAACCGUCAAAAAUGAAAGUUUUAGAACUUUAUAGCGGAAUAGGAGGGAUGCAUUUAGGUUUAAAAGCCAGUAAUGUCUCAGGUGAAAUUAUAACCUCAAUCGAUAUAAACACUGUGGCAAAUGUUGUUUAUAAACACAAUUUUCCAACAACGAACCUUUUAAACAGAAAUAUUCAAGGACUUUCAGCCCAAUUUAUUAAUAAAUUGGAAGUUGAUACAAUUUUAAUGUCUCCACCUUGCCAGCCGUUCACGAGAAACGGAUUAAAAAAAGAUGUAAAAGAUCCAAGAACGGAUUCGUUUAUGCACGUUUUGGGACUUAUCCCUCAAUUAAACAUUAAAAACAUACUCAUCGAAAACGUUAAAGGAUUCGAAACAUCAGAAAUGAGGGAAAUUUUAAUAAAAACCUUAAACGAUGAAAAUUAUCAAUACCAAGAAUACAUUUUGAGUCCUCAUCAAUUUGGGGUUCCAAAUACUAGACAUAGAUAUUAUUGCGUAGCUGUUAAAGAACCAAAAACAUUUCAAUUUGAAACUAGUUUGAUAUUUAACGAAAACGCUUCAUUUAAAAUUGGUGAUAUAAUCGAAAAUAACGUUGAUGUAAAAUAUUUUUUAUCCGACGAUAUCCUUUUAAAAAAGACUAACAUUUUGGACGUUUGUUUUAACGAAUCGUUUAGAAGUUGCUGUUUUACCAAAGCUUACGGAAGAUACAUCGAAGGUACCGGAAGUGUUUAUUGUGAUAAAACCAAAAACGAAUUUGACCAGAUUUAUAAAGAAUCAAAAAAUUAUGAUGAUUUUAAUUCAAAAUUAGAAUGUUUGAUGAAAUUAAAUUUAAGAUAUUUUACACCAAGGGAAGUUUUGAGGUUAAUGUGUUUCCCGGAAAAUUUUAAUUUUCCCGAUGAAAUCACCGAUAAACAAUGUUUUAAUUUAAUUGGAAAUAGCGUUAAUAUUAAAGUUGUAUCGGAAUUAAUAAAAUUAUUCAAUUAA